CUGCUUCCUCAACGAGCGGGUCGGCACUGCAGUGCUGGAUUGGGUCCGCUCGGAGUCGCGCGCCCAGCUGCUCAGCACGCACCGGGCUGUCUCUGUCUUCCGCUGCGGGCAUACGGGGUCAGCCACAGGUGACUCGGGACGUGGCCUGCCGCCGGAAAUGGGGCACUGCCCUGCCUGGAGGGACCGCGCGCGCCUGAUUUAUGCUGACAGACUGGCCAACGACCGCUGUGGCAAGGCCGCGAGCGCAUUCGGCAGACUCCGGUUCAUGAAGGAGGCGAUGGCCGAGGCGGCCGCGGGGCUUCAGCGAGCUGCCCCGCGCGAGCUCCCGCGUGCCGAUCUUGAGGGUCGCCUGUCUUGGGUUACGCGGGGCUUGCAAGGCGACCGGCGCCAAGACCGCGAUAUCCAGCUGAAAAUGGCGGCGGCGAGGCCCGAGCUCGCCCCCUGCCUGGCGACGCAGUCGCUGGCGGCCGUGCGUUUCCUGCAGGAUGCGGUACAUGAGUCUGAGCAAGCUCUGUCCGCCAUCCAGCUGCCAGACGGUUCGGUCACCACGGAUCCGCAGCGGUUUGCCCGCACCUUAGUGCGCCACUGGGCGGAACACUUCCGGGCAAAGGGGGUCGGCAGCUUAGAGGCGGUCGCACCAUGGGUCGAGGCGAUGCCGUCGUUUGCAGAUGUGAUGCCGGACUACGAGAUCAACGAUUCGCACGUUCGCCGGGCACUGAAAUCGGCUGGUGACACGGCGCCCGGGCCAGAUGGCAUCCCUGUCAGUUACUGGCGCGGCCUCGGAGAGAUCGGCGUCGAGGUCCUCGCGGACACGCUGCAGGCAAUGAUGGCCGAGGACGCGGAGGAGGCCAUGGUGCGCGACUACGGGUCGGGCGACAACCGCUUUGGGCCAUGCGACUUCAACGGGAGUUUGCUGGCGCUGCUCCCGAAGAAGCCCACAAGCGCGAUACGGCACGCCAUCGAGCCUGCCAUCGAGGCCCUGGUGGGCGAGAGCCAGCGGGGCUUCCUUAGCGGCCGAUCCAUCUUGGCCAACGUCAUAGACCUCGAAGCGGCCAUGCUGGAGGCGGCGCUGGAUGCCGAUUGUUCGCGCGCCCUGCUGUUCGACAUGCGGGCGGCGUUCCCCAGCCUGGAGCACGACUACUUGCACUACGCGUUGGAUAAGCUGGGGCUGCCGCGGGGCGUGCGCGCCGCUAUCCGCGCACUCUACGUUGGACAGCGCUGUUGCGUGGCGAUGGCGGGCCAGUGGCGGGGGGGGGUCGUGAUCUCCGCGGGUAUCCGUCAGGGGUGCCCUCUCAGCCCGCUCCUGUUUGUGCUCGUAACGGAGCCCUUCAACCGCCAAUUAGAUUCCGUGGCAGGCCGCCGCGAGCGCUGCGCCUUUGCCGACGACCUCGCCUUGGUGGGCGCCGACGGCCGCACGGCGUGGCCACAGCUGCACGGCCUCUUCGAGCUCUUCGCCGUGGCGUCUGGUAUGCACCUGAACCUUGCAAAGACGGUGCUUCUGCCUUUGUGGACGUGGCAGCCUGGGGCGGCAACAGACUUAUGGCGGCGGGCGGUGCCGGCCUGGGGCGCAGUGCGCGUCGCGCAUUCCGGCGCGUACUUGGGGUUCGAAGUGGGCCCAGCGGCGGCGGACAGUGGAUGGAAUGCCCCCGUUCGGAAGUUCAAGGAGGCGGUCUGCAGCUGGGCUGGGCUCACACCAGGUAUGCAUCUGACGACUUUGGCAUAUAACGUGUUUGCCAUCUCGAAAUUGCAGUAUGUCGCUCAGCUGCACGGGGUGCCCCCCGACUGGCAGGCAUCGGAAC